AUGAUCAGCUGGUGCAAGGAGCCCUUUAAAAACUGUACGAUUGCGUCAAAACAACUGGCCCCUUGGAUCAGCCCGGCCGUCCUGAGCGUCCCAACCCUGCCCGAGAUCAACUGGACCCGGUCCGAAGACGGGCUCUGGGGGGACCUCAUCUCACGCCCGGCGCCCUCAAAGGAAAGCCCCACAUUGAGCCAGUCUGUCCGGCCGCAUUCACCGCGGAGUGACUUAGCGAGGGCGCCCCCUGGUGUUUGGGAGGCGGGGCCGAGGUGGACGGGCUCUCCCCUGCUGAUGAAUGUAUUCGUCUCUGUGGACACAACGGCCAUUCACAAUCUCAUCUCAAAAAUGAUGUUCCACAGAGAUCCAAAACAGCAGCAAAGACUGAAUUAUGAACGGGAGCUCGUACGGUUCGCUGUUUUGCCUUUUUGCUGUUCAUGA